CAUCAGGCCCAUGUCUUUCCAAAGCGAGCCCCUCUGCUAGAAGAACCCGAAGGGCCCUAGGGUUUUGCCUCCUCUCUUCACUACGCCCUCCUCGCGCUGCCUCGGCCGCAGCAGCAGUCGCCAUCGCCAGCAACCGGAGAAAGCAUGGAUACCCAGGUUAAGCUUGCCGUCGUGGUCAAGGUGAUGGGUCGCACCGGCUCGAGGGGUCAGGUGACCCAGGUCAGAGUAAAGUUCCUGGACGAUCAGAACCGUCUGAUCAUGAGGAACGUCAAGGGCCCUGUCCGCGAGGGCGACAUCCUCACCCUGCUCGAGUCCGAGAGAGAGGCCAGGAGGCUGCGUUGAAGCAGCAGGUGGUUGUGUCUGUCAUUAGCUGUUCCUUUCAUAAAAAGUAGAAUGAUGGAUUUAGUGUACUGCUUUUUAUCGAACAUGAGUUAAGAGCAAUGGAAAAUGUAAUUCAAGUACUACUCAUCUGGUUGCAGUUUUGGUCUGUUACUAUCUGAAUUGAAGUGCACUUAUGUUGUGAGACAUGGUUAUGCUCUAUCACCUUGGGUAACAUGAAUUUGUUGGAUGAA